UGAGUUAUCGUUGGAAAAAUCAUGCCUGAGCCAGCUAAGUCCGCCCCUAAGAAGGGUUCCAAGAAGGCCGUCACUAAGACCGCCGGUAAGGGAGGAAAGAAGCGCAAGAGGUCCAGGAAGGAGAGCUACGCCAUCUACGUGUACAAAGUCCUGAAGCAGGUUCAUCCCGACACCGGUAUUUCUUCAAAGGCGAUGGGCAUCAUGAACUCUUUCGUCAACGACAUCUUUGAGCGCAUCGCCGGUGAGUCUUCUCGUCUCGCUCACUACAACAAGCGCUCCACCAUCACCUCGAGAGAGAUCCAGACCGCCGUGCGUCUCCUGCUGCCCGGUGAACUCGCCAAACACGCCGUGUCUGAGGGAACAAAGGCCGUCACCAAAUACACGAGCUCCAAGUAAAGCUGAAAGUACCCAAUCUGAACCCAAAGGCUCUUUUAAGAGCCGCCCACUGUUUCUAUAAAAGGGCAUCCAAUGUUUUUGUAAAUUUGUUUGAUAUAACUGUUUACUAGAACGUGAAACAAUGACUAACAUUGCAUUGUGUUCUGUAGGGACCGUGUUUUUGGACUAUGGUAAGACCAAUGUUAGCGCAUAGUUAUUAUGUUGUGGAGUCAAGGACACCGUGCAAUAGAAAUUAAUUUAAAUGCUUUGAUUUAAACAUUUCUACAUAUAUUAAGUCAUAUUGUUAACAUCAUGCAACAAAUUAAAUUAUCCGAAAAAAUCAAAAGCUUGUUGUUGUCCCAUUAACAUCUAAUGACUCUUUCAUCUUGAAAAUAAAAUGAAAUAUUUAAGCCACUUAACUUUAAAAAAGAAAUGAAAAAUUGUAAAACUUUAAA